CUUGUCUUAACUAGUUUUCUCUCACCGAAUCCUAUCGUACGACUCGAUCGCCCAUUCGCUCCGACUCGACAGUUUUCUUAUUACCGCUGUGCGGAAAGUGCCCAUGCAUGCCCUAGUAAACGGGCGCUAAAUGCUCUCCUAAGUAGACGUGAAAUGACGGUAACGGGCGCCGCGAUGAUGCAAACAAUGCAGCCGUGUUUUGUGGGUUAUCCAUUUCAGGGGCAAGGGCGGGUCAACCAGCUCGGGGGUGUGUACAUCAACGGACGUCCUCUGCCUAACCACAUAAGACUCAAGAUCGUGGAAAUGGCCGCCGCCGGGAUACGCCCCUGCGUCAUCUCCCGCCAACUGAGGGUCUCCCACGGCUGUGUGUCUAAGAUCCUAAACAGAUACCAGGAGACUGGCUCGAUCCGCCCGGGGGUCAUCGGCGGAUCCAAGCCCCGCGUGGCCACCCCGGAGAUCGAGAGGAAGAUCGCCGACUACAAGAAGGAGAAUCCGGGAGUCUUUUCUUGGGAGAUUCGUGAUAGACUCAUCAAAGACGGCUUGUGCGACCGAAACACGGCGCCGUCCGUCUCCGCAAUCUCCCGGCUUCUUCGAGGGAAGGACGACGACGAGGAUCCAAAGAAAAGCAAAGAUGGUAUCGUAGGGGAAGUCACCGCCGAUGGCUCCGAGGAUGAGGAUGACCCUCAGAUGAUGCUAAAACGAAAGCAAAGGCGCUCAAGGACGACCUUCACCGCCCAUCAGUUGGAUGAACUCGAGAAGGCUUUUGAGAGGACACAGUAUCCUGACAUAUACACGCGUGAAGAAUUGGCGCAAAGAACUAAACUCACUGAGGCUCGGAUCCAGGUGUGGUUCAGCAACCGGCGAGCGAGGCUCAGGAAACAGAUGGCGUCCGGAAGUAUUACGAAUUUCAACGCGAUGGGCCUCCCGAUGUCUUACCCGUCGGCGCCGUCUUCGUACAUGUUCCAGGGCUUCUCCGACCACGGUUCCAGCUUCUCGUCGCAGUCACAAGACGCCAGCGGGCUGUACCAGGGAGGCUCCGGAGGCCUACACCAGGGUGCCUUGGCGACGGAGGCGCGGGCGGCCAACAUGAGCGCCGCCGCCGCAGCCGCCGCUGCAUCUUCGUACCCAUCCAUGAGUGCCGCGCUUUCCUCGUGCACCAACUCUGCAUUUAUAUCUUCUCAAACGUCCGGCGGCAUGUGCGGCGCCCAGGGCACAGGCGGGGCAUCUUCAGGGGUUAGUUCAACCCUCACUUCCGGCAAUCCCGCAUCCUGGGCAUCCAAUCAGCUGCGUGGGGCAAUGGGCGGGCACGGAGGCUCCCCACCCACGGCCGCGGCCACUCUCACGCCCUCGUCCUUUACCCAUGGACUGGCCCAUCACGCCCGAACUCCCGCACAGCACUUUCCCACGCCAGUCUAUUCUUGGUACUGA